CCACAGUCGCGCACCUUUAACGUCGUCGAUCCGGGCCGUUUGAGUCAGUUCAAUUACAACGAGUACCAGGGUAGUCGGACGAGUACGACGACGACAACAACCGCCAGUCCACCACCGGCACCGACCACAUUCGCACCGCUUGCCGCUCAGCAGAACUUCCAGCGUCAACGGCAACCAGUACCACAGCAGCAGCAGCAGCAGCAGCAGCAGCAGAACUCUGCCUUCUUGAAUCCGUUCUUCAACAAUCCGGUGAAUAAACCGGUGGUCGGACCGACGACAACGACGGCACCGCAAGCCGCCAUCACGACCAUCUCACCGGAGGUGAUACAGAGGGCCGUACCGAAGGAACGCUAUCAAUCGAUUGCCCGUUCCGGCACCGAUGGCCACACACCGUCCACUGUGAAGAAGUUUUCGACGCUCGUCCCGAAGGAUCAGUACAAUCCGACGACAUUCAAACCGAACGCCAUCAGCAAGAAGGCACUGCUCCAAUUCGUCAACCAAAAGAGUGUGAUCGGGCUCGAAAAGUCACCGUUCGUGGAGCGUGUUACGACGACUGAGAAGCCAGCCCCACCGCAACCAGCUACAACGAGAUAUCCCGGAUAUAUACCGACCAUUCCACCGGUAACGGCUACAUCGACUAGUGCGACGACAACGACUACGACGACGACAACGACUCGCGCUCCGUACACUACGUCUCCGCCCUACAUUCCAUCGACGAUCACUCCACCGAACCGCUUCUUCCAACCCCCGGUACCGAAGGCACCGGCACCGAAAGCCCCGAUUCAGCCACAGUUCGCUGCCGCACCUACAACGACGACGACCACGACGACGACGGUUAAGCCGGAGAUCGACGAAGAUGACGGUCAGUACCAUCCGGAGCUGUACGAGAAGGACUUCUACCGGAACCGUGUGAAGGCGAAGACGGCUGCUGCUGCCGCCCUCGCGGCUGCCCGGAACACGAACGGAUUGGCUUCCCUAUCCACGAGCGACGAGGAGGAGAUCUUCCGUACCGCUCACUCCCAGAACAUCGCGGCCAGUGGUAACGAUCUGAUACUGGAACGUGCACGUCAAGCGGCGGCCCGCAUCAAUGAGUUCUUCUCCUCUUCAUCCGUGAAACCGACCACAACGACGGUGUCAGCCGCAGCGACCGGACGCAAUCCGGAAACAACCACACAGAAGCAGAGCAUCGCUGGAGCCGCUAAGCAUCGUAAGGACGGUGGGGCGGGUCGGUCCAAGUCCUCGCAUGGGGCGAAGGGUACCAGCAACGCCACGCCACGACCGUUUUCGAAGGCACCGACGAUCCCACCGAACGCCACCAUCACCAAGCGGCCACCGGAGGACGAUAGCUACGAUUACGCCUACUACGACACGGCUGGCAGUCCCGAUGUGCCGGAGUACGACAUCAUCGAGGACUUUGGCCGGAAACGCGUCUGAGAAGUGGUCCUCCGUUGAUCCGUGCGCGUGUGUGUGUGUGUAUGUAUGCGAAACGUAUGUGUGCAUGAGUGUAUGUGUUCGAGUGACUGAGAACUGUGCGCGUGUGUGUGUGUGUGUGUGUGUCGGUAACUAGGCAAACGAAAGUUGAGGUGAUCGUUUUGUAGAUCUAAGGUGGCGUAAGUUCCCCCCAAAGGCUUGUCGCCUGUCACCGUUGCCAAUGCUACUCCUGCAACGAAAAGUAGGCUGAUGAGGCUUGCUCCGAUGACCUAACGAAUGGUUGAUCCCGACGGUAUGGACGAGACUGAGUGUUUAGCGAAGAUGAUUCAACGAAGCGGAGCGAACGUGUGGAACAGAGCAUAGACAGCCCCAGCGCCAGAGGUCAGGGAUGUGGGAGAGAAUGGUACGCCCAUCAUACGAUAUAUGCUAUAAUACGAAGAUAAAAUAUACUGCCAUUAGCCAUUAAGCGACCGUUUACCGCCGGUAGUGACGAACCGAGCGCAAUCGGUGCAAUGCCAAGGAUUGGAAGUCGAAGAAAAGGGAAUAGAAUUGUACCCGGUUGGGGAGAGCGAAUCCCUCACUCGCACGGCGAUCCGUAGUCCUAGGGAUCUCUCCCCGCAAAAGGAGCCAGUAUUGUUGUAGUACGCUCUAGCAAUGGAAUUAUGCGUGUCGAUCCCAUAGUAGUAUUCGUCCCAUAUUCACCAGAUCCAGAAUAAUUUUAAGAGCCCAUUUAAAUUUUCUAAUACUUCAUGCUUUCUUCGUUACAUUUCGGUUUCUUCGAUUCGCUUAGCUACCAUCCUCUUAUACUGCAUUAUCCUUCCGAAUGAUCAUUAUCACCUUAGGGCACCGGAGUCGGUCAUAAACAUCAUUUCAAAUCCCAGUAAUGAGGGAUGCGGUAAAUCCUUCAAACGCAUGCACCAGAAAGGACAUCCCCACUAGCGUCCACUGUAUGUCAAUUAUUCAGACCAGACCAUGACGUCAGGAGGAUGAGUCUUGAAAUCCCGGAGUGCAAGACGAUUGUUGUAAAUAAAGUUUUUAA